GCUGGCCAUGGAGUUGGCCAAGUUGGUGCCCCCCUUGCCGCGCACGGAGUACCGUCUGGCAGUGGACACCCAGGCGCUGCAGCCCAGUGACCGCCUGCGGGACGUGGUGUCGGACGGCGCGGAGCUCACCGCGCUGCUGGUGGAGUCCAUGGCCGGAGAGUUCUUUUGCCAGGUGAACAGGACCAGCGGGGUUACUCUUUGCCUGGGCACAGAUCGUCGCGCUCGGUGCCAGAUUGAGCGCAACAUUGGCGGCAUAGUCUUCAACUACCACGCAGAAGGCGAAUGGGAGGAAGCACUUGAAGAAAGUCGGCUGCACCUCACUCUGGACCAAGGUGUGGGGGCCAUGAGCGAGUUCGUGAUAAGGAGAACUCUGGAAAUGGCGAGAACCGGUGAUGGAGACUUGGAAUUGGUGGCAGUAAGAGGUGACAUCAAGGGUGGAGGACAAGUGGAUGAGAACAUGCUUGUGCUGUCAGUGGGCAAUGUCUUUGGACGCUUCUAACCCGAAAAGGCAGCGCAGAGCAACGAACUCUGCUUGACCACAUCUGGAGUCAGGGUGUUUCAGCCGUUGG